CCAGACUGAACAAGUCCACGCCAGCAGUGCUCGACACAAACAGUAUUAUGGCUUAACACAGAGGAUUGGGACACUGGUUUGGACGCUUCCUUCUUUGGUUUGUCGACCACCACAUGCUGAAUGAGUCGUCAGUAUAUGCAUUGUAUCGUCACGUGACUAGGGUAAAUGCGUGGUCACGCGCUCGAAGUUCGGUAAGAAGAAGACAGUUUCAAGCGUCCAUCCAACAAGGACUGAUUAUCAAGGACUGAAUAACAUGGACAGACAGCAAACUCCCGAGAUUCUGGACUACCGGAAUGAAAAUGGUCAUGGGUGGUACUUCUACAUAAAUGACGGCGUCCUCCGGGAUGUUAGCACCAACCCUGAGGAUGAUAUGGAAAUGAUCCGAAAUGUUCAGAAGUUCGAGCUGAGGGACGAUGACGUCAUCAUAGCAGCAUAUCCCAAAUGUGGUACCCACUGGUUGUGGGAAAUCGUCACUAUGCUCAGGACCGGUAACUCCGAGUACCACAAGAAGAAGAAGGUGAUCGCCAUGUUAGGGAUGCCGAAGUUCGAGCGGGCAAAUGAACUUCACUCCCCGCGGGUUCUAAACUCACAUCUUUACUUCCGUCAUCUCCCGGAGAAACUGGCUGAGAAGCGAAUAAAGACAAUCUUCAUCAUGCGAAAUCCAAAAGAUGUCAGCGUAUCUUAUUAUCAUCAUGCCUGCGGACUCACACAGCAUAUUUGCUUUGACGGGACGUAUUCAGAAUAUCUGGAUCUGUUUUUGGAAGGAAAAGCUAGAGGUGGUGGUUAUGUCGACUACCUGAAGGAUUGGCAGAAAGUGAAACAGGACAACCCGGACUUGCCUAUCUUAACAUUGUUUUAUGAAAACUUGAAAAAGGAUCCUGUUAAAAACAUCAAAACGGUUGCCGACUUCAUCGGAGAGUCAGUCACUGAUGAGCUCUGUGAGCAAAUAGCGGAAGCGUGCAGCUUUAAGAAGAUGAAGGCUGCAGACACGGAAGUGAAGGAGGCUUUUGGUAAUUCGUCCGAUAUCUGGAAAGAAAGUCACAAAGGAAUGUACAGAAAAGGUGAAGUUGGUGAUUGGAAGAACUGGAUAACAGUUGCUCAAAACGAAAGAUUUGAUGACGUCAUAGACCGAACGUUUGAGGGAACAGGCAUUGUAUUCACGUAUGAAUAGCUGACGGAUUACAGGCUGAUCAUUUAAAUAUAUGGUGGAAACUAAAUACAAAAUAACAUUUAUAUGUAUCAAGCACAUAUCUAUGAAUAUUAAUGUGUAUGUUGCAUGUCAAUGUCAAACAGUGGACAUGUGUACGAACCUUUGUAUUGUUGACACUGACACCAUGGUAAGGUGUGGAGGAAUCAACCAGUGUUGUCACAAGAUGGGUGUGGAUGAGUGAGUGAGUUGUGUUUUAAAUAUAUUUUAUUGAAAUAUAUUGUCAAGGGACUUGACAAAAGUUAUCCAACAAAAUUAAUGUGGCCCUUCCCCUGAUACAUAUAUACAGAUUUUUAAAUAUAUGCAUUAUAUUACAUAGUGACAAACAGGGAUUCACAUACACACAAAAAGAAACGCACAGGUAGAUCUUUAGUAAAUUUAUUGUACCCAAUAAAGUCGAUAUAUUUAAUUUAAUAUCAUAGAUACAAAUAUGAAAUUUUGGAGCUCGAUAGUCACAUGUUGUCGUUUCACAAAGGCAUUGAAAACUGUUCAUUGUCAUGUGACAUAAGGCCACAAGAAUGCGCUGGACUCAAUAUCUCGUGUGACCGCCCCGGGCAGCAAUCACGGCUCAGCAUCUCCUCGGCGCUGACUGGGUAAGUGUACGAAUUGUCCUGUAGAAUUCUGCGCCAUUCUGCUUGUAGCGCGUUGGCCAGUUGUGGGAGUGUCUGCGGCGUGUUCUGACGUUGGCGUACAUGUCCAUCGAGUUCAUCCCAGAGGUUUUCGAUUUGGUUGAGAUCUGGAAAUCUCGACGGCCAGGGUAAAGCGUUGAUGUUGGCAUUAUGAAGGUAGUCUACCGUGACAUGAGCUGUGUGCGUUGGAGAAACUGUGGAAACAGCUUCCUCUGGCAGUCAAUGAUUGGAAGAAGUUGAGGUUGAAGAAUGUGAUUCAUGAAGCGAUUUGCUGUCAAAUGUCCCUGAACCACAACCAAGUCAGAUCUCGUGAUGUAGGAUAUGGCUCCCAACACCAUGACACUACCGCCACCGGAAUUGUCGAAUUCACUCACACAAUGUGGGACAAAACGCUCAUUUCGACGACGAUAAACACGUUGUCUUCCAUCUCGCCGGUAGAGAAGCAAUUGCAAUUCAUCGCUACAUCACACUUGUCUUCAGUUUCUCAAAUUCCAAGGCUGUAAGGUAUGGUACCAACGCAAGCGUCGCUGUCGAUAGAUCCGUUGGAAAACAGGGACGAUAACUGGUCUUCUGGGUCGGAUUACAGCCUCGCGAAGAUGGUUCCUGACAGUCUGGUCCGAUAUCUUCCUCAAACCAGGGAUGGGUCCUGCAGUCUCCGUAGCUGUGGCAUGGCGUAGGGGGAGCAGUCGAAUGUAGCGAUCCUGUACAUGUGCAGGGGUGGUGAUUCAUGGUCGGUCGGUUCUCGGACGGUCUGCAGUGGAAUUGAACUGUGUGUGUGGUCCCAAACGCGGCAAAUGGUUGACGUUGAAGUGGCGUGGAACAGAAGACUCCGAUUCCCCUCUUGGGAUACGUCGUAUGGCGAUGUUCCGCCCGGCAGCACGGAGUCUCGGCAUUUUCGAACUUGAAAAAUGAUGACAACUGAAUGACAAAUUAUUAUACCACGAGUUACGAAUGCCAUAACUCGCACGUGCAUUUUGCUUUACUGUUUUCCUCCAUGGCAUUUUUGAACAAGUGUGAAAACAAUGCCGUUUAAGACACUGCAAAUCGACAAAGGCUGAGUUUUGACGCACCGUUUGUCUAAUAUCAGGCCACCAAAAUUUUCCAAUAACAUAUCUCCAAUUUAUAUACCGGAUUUUUUGUGUCGUCAGUUUCAAUGAACCACAUACUACCUGUGCGUUUCUUUUUUAGUAUUAUAUUGCAUGUACAGUGACACUUAACACUGAGUGAGAUUUCUCAGUUCGCUAUACACGUCACUAAUUAGUGAUAGAUGGGGUUGUCGAUGAUCAGAUAUCAGUUCGCUGUAUCCGUUAGUUCGCUGUAGAGUGUUCGUUAUAUACGUAAAUUUUAUAUGAUAUUAUAUUGGAGAUAAAUCGGGGAUUUUUUAACAGUUCGUUGUAUCCGUUUGUUCGCUAUAUCCGUGUUCGUUAUGUCCGUGUUCUACUGUAUUUAGAAAUGUUAUGGAAGGACAUUUUGUUACUGUUGAGCAUAUGUACACGAGAAAUAAAGUAUAUUUAUAAUAA